GGCUUUGAGCAAAAAUAAAGACGCUAUCUAUGCAAUAACACCCCCUAAGAAAUUCCACUUCCGAGCCGGGAAAACACGAACUCGCUUGCUCCACAUUCAAACAGCAUGGCUCCAAGUUUCACGUUCGAAGCACCCAGCGACGAAGAACCCCAACUCUCAGAAUCCAAGGACGAAGACAACGAAGAAGAAGAAGAAGCAGAAGACAAACCUUCUAAACCGAAACGCAAAUCUCAAUCACCAUGGGACUUUUCUUCUUACUCCGAAUCCGUCGCAGAAGAACACGCUCGUCGUGGAACCACCUCCGUCGAUUUCAAAAUCUCCAAAAUUCUCCAACAAAGCUCCGUUCCAGCUCAGCAGGAAGAGACCUCCGAUACCGAACCCGACAAACAAGUUGAUUAUAGAUCGGAAGAUGAAGAUGAAGAAAAGACUAAUGCAGGUGAGAGUAAAUCGUUCUUUGCGCCAGCCGAAGGAGCGUCGUUUCAUGCGAAUUCUUUCAUGGAGCUUAAUCUUUCGCGUCCUUUGCUUCGAGCUUGUGAAACAUUGGGUUACAUUAAGCCUACUCCUAUUCAGGCUGCUUGUAUACCCUUAGCCUUGACCGGGCGCGAUAUAUGUGGUAGCGCAGUUACUGGUUCUGGGAAGACGGCUGCAUAUGCCUUACCUACACUAGAAAGGCUGUUAUACCGUCCUAAAAGGGUUUCGGCCAUACGGGUACUUAUCCUUACUCCAGCUAGAGAGUUAGCGGUUCAGGUUCACAGUAUGAUAGAGAAACUUGCUCAGUUUACUGAUAUUAGAUGUUGUCUGGUUGUUGGUGGGCUUUCAUUAAAGGCACAAGAGUCAGCUUUGAGAUUAAUGCCUGACAUUGUUGUGGCUACUCCUGGGCGCAUGAUAGAUCAUUUGCGCAAUUCCAUGUCUGUGGAUUUGGAUGAUCUGGCAGUUUUGAUCCUUGAUGAGGCAGAUCGUCUUCUGGAGCUUGGAUUCAGUGCUGAAAUACAUGAGUUGGUUCGUCUUUGUCCUAAAAGGAGACAGACUAUGCUGUUUUCCGCUACAAUGACAGAAGAAGUUGAUGAGCUUGUCAAGCUUUCUUUAACCAGACCCUUACGUCUAUCAGCUGAUCCAUCAGCUAAACGUCCGUCAACAUUGACUGAGGAGGUUGUAAGAAUACGUCGAAUGCGUGAAGUAAAUCAAGAAGCAGUUCUUCUGUCAUUGUGUUCAAAGACCUUCACAUCCAAAGUGAUCAUCUUCAGUGGAACCAAGCUGGCUGCACAUAGGUUGAAGAUUUUAUUUCAGUUGGCUGGCCUUAAAGGAGCUGAGCUUCAUGGAGAUCUUACACAAGUCCAGCGCCUUGAUGCUUUGGAACGUUUUAGGAAGCAGGAAGUUGAUUUUUUAAUUGCCACGGAUGUGGCUGCUCGUGGACUUGAUAUAAUUGGUGUUCAGACAGUUAUUAAUUAUGCUUGUCCUCGAGAUAUUACAAGCUAUGUUCACCGAGUGGGUCGAACUGCAAGAGCUGGUAGGGAAGGAUAUGCUGUUACAUUUGUGACUGACAAUGACCGAUCUCUAUUAAAAGCUAUUGCAAAGAGGGUGGGUUCAAAGUUGAGGAGUAGGAUUGUAGCAGAGCAGUCUAUUGCUAAGUGGUCUCAGAAAAUUGAGGAGAUGGAAGACAAAGUGGCUGAAGUUAUUGAAGAGGAAAGGGCGGAGCGAGCCCUAAGAAAAGCUGAAAUGGAAGCAACAAAGGCUGAAAAUAUGAUUGCACAUAAGGACGAAAUUUAUGCACGACCAAAAAGAACCUGGUUUAUGACAGAAAAGGAGAAAAAGCUUGUAGCAAACGCAGCAAAGGCAUCUAUAGAAAACGAAAAAGGUUCUACAAAUGCUGUUAUCAGUGCCCAACAAGCUGAGGACCUUAAGAUAAAGGAAAAGAGGAAGCGAGAGCGUGAGAAAAAUUUACCUCGGAAGAAACGUCGGAAACUGGAAGCAGCCAGAGAAAUGUUGGAGGAUCAAAGUGAAAUUAAUGACUCAGAAGGUAGGGGGAAAAAUAAGAAAGAAAAGGAAGGGAUAUCUUUGGUUGACAUGGCUUACCGGCGAGCAAAAGCAGUUAAAGCUGUGAAGAAGGCAUUAGAUUCUGGCAAAAUUGUGAAGAAAUCCAACAAAAAGUCAAAGCAUGGUAACCAAAAAACUCAAUCAAGGACAGAAGAGAUGUGGGAGCUAUUCCAAAAUGACAUGAGUGAGAGCAGGCGCAAGAGAACUAGUGGUGCAGGAAGGAAAAAGACCAAGAGUUCAUUUAAGAGCAAAUCACGUUACAAGCGCAGGUAGCUCAAGUACGUAUUGGAUAAACCAAAUUUGCAGCUAUUUAUGUUGGUGGGAGUUGCCGAUGGGUCAUAUGGUCGAGUCCGGAGACACUUCCUUUUGGGAGGGAGAGAUACCUACUGCAAGAGGUGAUCGCAGUAGGAAGGGAGAAUGAGUGUGUGUGUUGUAUACUGCCAUUAUAUAAGUAGUCAUUAGUGUUCAAAUAUUGCAAGCUAUUCAUUUUUUAUUUCGAAAAUGCAUUUGUUAACCAAAUGCCCGAAUACAUCUCCAAUGGAAGCCAAUUUUGUUCAAAUUGUUAUUGAAGUCGUCAGCCUUCACUUGAUAAGUUUCCUUGGAGAUGCAUGUUUUGCAAUUUGCGAUAGCCCAAGAUUUGUUAGUCUGAAAUUAGUUGUGCUACUACAUUAAGGAAAAGGGAAAAAGACAAGGCCACGACAUUGUAAGAGCAAGCCCUGGUUAAAGCAAUAUAAUCAAACAUCUCGUAACUUAGAAUGAAAAAUGCAAGGUAAGUGGACAAUCAAAGAAGAAAUGUAAACGUAAAGCAAAUAUGUUGAUACUGUUGUUAACCAACGAACAAAGAAGAAAAGCAAAAAUAAAGCAAAAAUAUUCUGAAAAUGUUGCCAAUGACCAUUGGCAUACUUAGGUUAUGUAGAUUUAGUUCAUUAUUCUGUAUUCUUUUCUUUUGCCUCUUGUCCUGCGGUUUCUAUUAAACCUUGGUUAUUUGUUACUUUGUUUCAUGUUUUUGCAGUAUUCAUUUUUCACUGCAUCAGGAUAAAUAAAUGCAAUUAGAUACAGAGAAAAGAACAAUUGCCAAACUGAAAGGUGACAAUGUGAAGGAAU